AUGGCGAGAUCUCUACGACAGGGCUUGAACCUCGCUCGAGCUCAAAUGCUAUCGCGGCCAAGAUGGCUCUCUUCACAAUCGGAGGCGUUGGUGGAGACCAGAACCAAUGACGUCGGCAUCAUCUCUGGAAUCCCUGAGGAACAUCUACGACGAAGGGUUAUAAUCUAUUCACCUGCUCGAACUGCAACCCAACAAGGUUCUGGGAAAGUCGGGAAAUGGAAAAUUAAUUUUCUUUCUACACAGAAGUGGGAAAACCCAUUGAUGGGUUGGACUUCCACAGGUGAUCCCUAUGCCAAUGUCGGUGAGGCAGGACUGACUUUUGAAAGUGAAGAAGCUGCAAAGGACUUCGCUGAGAGACAUGGUUGGGACUAUACGGUCAAGAAGCGCCACACACCACUUUUAAAGGUUAAGUCAUAUGCAGAGAACUUCAAGUGGAAGGGCCCUGCAAAGAGUGAAAAGAGUGCAGCGGAUACUGCGCGCAUAUGA